CCACACCACCCUCCUCGGCUCGCGGCUCGAGUACGCGCGGGUGCACGCGACGAUUGGAUACGACGCAUGCAUUGCGCAUGGAUUGUGGGCCGGCGCCGAGUACUGCCUGGUAAGAACGCCCCUCCUUGCCGAGUACGUGCCUGCGACCGCGCCGACGACGGCGGGCGCCGACGACUGGGCCUGGCUCGGCUCGGCCGACGACCUGCGCUCCGGCCGUGAGUUCUGGUACGACUGCCCAUCGCGGCUGGUGGAUGUUGCCGCUGGUGCAUGGCUUGGUAUUGCUGCCGAUCGCUUCCGCCUCGCCGCGAGGCUCACCCGCCUCGACGCAACCGUUGCCGUCGAACGCACGCCGGCCACCGCCGCAGCUCUCGCCGAGCUGGGACCGUUCGGAGGCAGCGCACUGACGCUUGCGGCACUUGCCGUCCUUGCUGGCGACGCCGAGCUGGCCAUCUGGCUCGUGACUAGCGCCGAAGCUGCCGCGCCGCCGCACGCUGUCGAUCAAGCGCUCCUUCUCGCUUGCGCGCUGCAGCUCCCGGCCGUCAUCACGGCCUGCCUCACCGCCACUUGUGGGCCGCCGGACAAGCACACGUGGGACCGUGCGGCAAGCAUUGCCCGCAAGCAUGCUACGCUAGGGCGUGCGCAUCCAUCGUCUGCCAAGGUUCUCCUCGCCCUCUUUACCAGCAGCGCCCCAGAAGCAAGUCCGCUCGUCGCCAUCGACGCCGAGCCGGCCAGUGGCGCAACGAUCUCGUGGCCCACCACUUAGCGCAGCUAGAGCCGAGUGGAAGCCCGGCAAUCGUGUGGAGCGUAUUGCCGGAUGAGAACAAAGCCAAAGUUUGCUGCGCGCGUUGACUGUGGCAGGCAACGCGGCGCGCCGUGGCACGGGUGCGGCUGGCGGAAACUUCCAUUUUGGCACACUCGGCGGUCAGGACACCCAACUCUGGUAGAGCCAUGGCGAGCGAGAGUCUUGAGGCCAGUGUUGUCAACAGCAGGCUCGAACGCGAGGUUGUGCUAGCGUGCGAGGAGAGCCUGGCCGCCGAGCUGGCGCCAGGCAUGCCCGAGUUUGUGGCGGGCAUGAUUGUGGUCUUGGUGAGUGAGCACAUGCCGGCAACUGAAGCCGAGCUGGCGGCGCUGGUGGAGGAGGCUCUGGCGGAUGAGGCCGAGGCGGUCGAGGGCGGGACCGAGGGUAAGGUUGAAGAGAUCAUGGCCCGAAUGCCGGUCAAGGACCUUGUCGGACUUGGCGAGACCGAGGCCGGAGCCCGCGCCCGCGCCGCCGCGGCCGCCCCGCUGAGCGCUGACGAGCUUGUUGGCUGCGCUGGCAUGGCCGUCCUUGACGCCGAUGGCGAGUGGCACCCCGUUGUCAUCGAGCGCGCCGAGCCUGCCGCAGGCAUGGUCGAUGUCCGGUUCGUCGAGUACGGCUCAGCAUUUGUGACGCUACCGCUAGCAGACAUCCGUCUCGAGUCGGAGCUCCUGGUCUCGCCCAAGGCGACAGGCCUCUGCCCGAUGUGCGAGCGCAAGCUCCCGCUCACCUUUCAUCAUCUCAUUCCGCGCACAACGCACGGGCACUACCUCAAGAAGGGCUACACCGUCAAGCAGCUCAACGAGGGAGUUAACGUGUGUCGGCCGUGCCACUCGGCCAUCCACCGCGCCGAAGACGAGGAGACGCUCGCCCGCGAGUGGCGGACGCUCGACGCCCUCCUCACUCACCCGGCCAUCAUCAAGUGGAUUGGCUACGCCCGCAAGCUCUCUUCGCGCAACUACUCGGGUCUCGGCGACGCGCCGGCCGUCCAGAACGCACUGCAGCGAUCCAAGAAGCAAUGACGCGGUCCGCGGGGGUUGCAACAGUGUUAAGGUCUGCCUCUCAGCUGGCGGCUCACGCUCACUCUAGGUAGUCAAAGGUGGCGUCGAUGCCAAAGUACUGAUCAAACUGCUUCGGCUCCAUGUUGUACGUCUUGCGGCAGUAGGUGCGGACCUGGAAGACGUUGUCGGUCCAGCGGUUGGCAGCCUCACGAGCGAGCGCGGCAUCGGCGCGAAUCUUGGCCACCACCUCGGGGUUCGAGUCGGCGUACUGCACCAACUUGCGGUCGAGCUCCACAAGCUUGGCCUUGAGCUCCUCGACCUCGGCCAGCGCCUCGGUCCGCUCGUCCGACUCCUCGCGGGCAUCCUCGAGCUUCUCCUGCUCGUCCUCGAGCAUCUUCUUACGCUUGAUCUUCUCCUCGCGCUCGUUGAUGAGGUCGUUCUCGCGCUGCCGCUUGCGGCAGCCCACCUGCGACGCAAACGCCCAGUAGUAGUUGGACGAGCCGAUCCUGUCGAGGCAGAGCAGGUUGUCGUCGACGAGCGUCUGCGCCACAUCUUUGAUCGACAUCACCGGCAAGCCAAGCUUCGCCCCCUUCUUCUCCAUCUCCUUCAAGUUGAAAAAGGUGUUUGAGGAGAGGAACAUGUUGAGCAGGAUCUGGCGCUUCUGCUCCAGCGACAUGCCGCGGCGAACCUGAGCGUCCGAAAAAGGUCGUGUUUUGACGCCUCCCUGUGAGUCGCCUCCCCCCCCC